GUAGGUGAACUUUUGAUUGCCAUAUUCCCCUAGUUUUAUUCCUGGCGAGCACUUAAUGCUAACCUAUGUAAAAAUUACUGCUGAUAUAAUUAUUUAGAACUCAAUGGUUGCUGAAGCAGACUCAAACUGGUCUAAAUGUGCUCUAAAUGCGCCUAAGCAAUCUCCAUUGGAUCGUUCAACUGUCCAUAAUUAUCUGCGCAAUCGGCAUAGAAGCUCAACCAAGCGGUAUGAAGAAUCGCGAAAAGAUCCAUUCCUUUCAGAACGAAAAUUCCGAGGCAAACGCCUGUGGAAAUACUUAUGCGAAACACAGAAUGAAGCGAUCAAAUCCUGAAGGCCUGCUGGAUGAAGAUCCCAAUGCUUCUGGCAUGCGCUUACAGCCAUCGGAUCAAAACACCUGCCAGAUGAGCCCCAAUCUCGGUGCCCAGAGCCUAUCCCCAGCUGUCCCCGUAUCCUCACUUUCGGACUUCUACCAAUCAAACUGGCAGCAGCCGCAACAGACGGAGUUGCAGAAUCAGCAGCAGCAACAGCCGCACGGCUUAGGCAGGAUGAGCCAGGGAACACCCAAUGCCUACUACGAGCACGAUGAGACUGAACAGAGGCGCCAGGAGCUGCGCAAUCUCGUCCAGCAUCUGUACGUGGCCCAGGCGAGAGUCCAACUGGAGGCCAUCGAGAUCAGGAAGGCACAAUCGGUGGCCUCAGCUGCACAGACGCAACUGGAGGAGUCGGCCAACCAUGUGCGCAGCAUCACCGCCUCCUUGCACACUGCCCAGCAGGAAGUGGCUGCCUCGGCGAUUCGGGCUCAGAUCGCGCAGCUUCAGCUGGCGGCCCAUGAUCAGCUGCUGUUCGCCGCUCGCCAGGAUGUGGACGCGCUCUCCUCGCAAAUGGUGGGUCUCCAGGCGGCGGAGGGCAUCGUCCAGCCGAAACUUACAGUGGAUCUCCAUGCUCUCCUGGACAAGCUGAAACAGCCACUCCAGCAGUAUGAUCGCCCCACAGCCGUUCCCCUUAUUGCACCUAGUCUGCCGGGAACAUUAAGCCAUCAGCAACAGAUGCUCUUGCAGCAGCAACAGAUGGGGCAGGUUCAAGAUCAAGGACCGAUCCAAGGACAGGGCCAAAACCAGGAUCAGGGACAGGGACCUGUGAAUCCCUCAAAUGGACCUACCCCCAACGAUUUCAUCAGCUUGCCUAGGGCUCAUCACUAUGCCAACAUGGAUUACACUUAGCUGCAGUUAAAUAUUCAUAAGAAUUACUCCUUCUAUAUUUUGUAUGUUUCCUUUGCCUAAAAUAGUAUAUUUGAUUUAAAUUUGUAA